GACCUCUUCUUGUUUCUUCUUUAGAAUAAUUUGGAUGGAAUUUUUGAUGCAGAAAAGCUUAAGGAAAAAAGGAUAUCCAUUUUGUGUGGUGGAAAAUUUUUUUGAACAGUAAAUUGCUUUCUCCAAACAAGGGUGCCAUUCUGAUAUUUAUGGGGAUUGUUGUUCUCACUAUGAAGGCAUCUAUUAUUGAACUGUUCCUUGUUUUGCUGGUGAUGGGAAUACACUCAAAUAAAGAAAUUACAAAGAAGAUUAAAAGGCCCAAGUUCACUGUGCCACAGAUCAGCUGUGAUGUCAAAGCUGGGAAGAUAAUCAAUCCCGAGUUCCUUGUGAAGUGUCCCGCUGGAUGCCAGGACCCCAAAUACCACGUCUAUGGCGGCGGUGUCUACGCGUCCUACUCCAGUGUGUGUGGCGCUGCAGUCCACAGUGGUGUGCUUGGAAAUUCAGGAGGAAAAAUACUUGUUCAGAAAGUGGCUGGCCAGUCUGGGUACAAAGGGAGCUAUUCCAAUGGUGUCCAGUCGUUAUGCCUCCCACGAUGGAGAGAAUCUUUCAUCAUCUCAGAAGGUAAACCCCAAAAGGGUGUAACCUACCCAUCGGCUCUUACAUAUUCAUCAUCUAAAAGCCCAGCUGCCAGAGAAGGUGAGACAAGAAAAGCCUAUCAGAAGCCAUCAGUUCCAGGGACAACUGCACAACCAGUCACCCUGCCCCAGGUUCCAGCAACCACCACAGCUGAAGCCACCUACACUGCCUUGCCAAGGCCACCCCCAUCUGCAGCCUCUACUGCCAGGAGCUCCAGACCACAGCCUGUGGGCCACAGGAGCCCAGAGAUGGGUCUCUGGGCCACCACCCACUCGAGCAGCCAGGACAGCGCCCGAGCCAACCCAGGUACCCAGAGGCAGGAUUCACUGGGAGCUGCUUUCCAGAAACGUGCCGGAGCCGAGGCCAGCCUGGGAGAAACAGACUUGUGGAAAGCUGGAUUGGUCCUUUUAGAUGCAGGAUUUGUUCCAAAAGAAGAAUUAAGUACACAGUCUUUGGAGCCAGUAUCCCAGGGAGAUCCAAACUGCAAAAUUGACCUGGCAUUUUUAAUUGAUGGGAGCUCGAGUAUCGGCAAACGUCGUUUCCAAAUCCAGAAGCAGUUCCUGGCCAAUGUUGCCCAAGCUCUCGACAUCGGCCCCGCCGGUCCACUGAUGGGUGUUGUUCAGUAUGGAGACAACCCUGCCACCCAGUUUAACCUCAAGGCGCACAUGAAUUCCAGAGAUCUGAAGACGGCCGUAGAGAAAAUCACCCAGAGAGGAGGGCAGGCCAACGUAGGCCGGGCCAUCUCCUUCGUGAACAAGAACUUCUUUUCCAAAACCAAUGGAAACAGAGGUGGUGCCCCCAAUGUGGCCGUGGUGAUGGUGGACGGCUGGCCCACGGACAAGGUGGAGGAGGCUUCGAGACUGGCCAGAGAGUCCGGAAUCAACAUUUUCUUCAUCACCGUUGAAGGCGCCACUGAAAGCGAGAAGCAUUUCGUGAUGGAGCCCAACUUUGCAAACAAGGCUGUGUGCAGAACAAACAGCUUCUACGCUCUCAGCGUGCAGAGCUGGUUCACGCUCCACAAGAUGGUGCAGCCCCUGGCGAAGCGGGUGUGUGACACCGACCGGCUGGCCUGCAGCAAGACCUGCCGAAACUCGGCCGACAUAGGCUUCAUCAUUGACGGCUCCAGCAGCGUGGGGACAGGCAACUUCCGCACCGUCCUCCAGUUUGUGGCCAACCUAAGCAGAGAGUUUGAGAUUUCAGACACAGACACGCGAAUUGGCGCUGUGCAGUACACCUACGAGCAGCGGCUGGAGUUUGGGUUCGAGAACUACAGCACCAAGUCCGACAUCCUGAACGCCAUCAAAAGGGUGGGUUACUGGAGUGGAGGGACAAGCACGGGGGCGGCCAUCAACUUCGCCCUGGAACAGCUCUUCAAGAAGUCCAAGCCCAACAAGAGGAAGCUAAUGAUCCUCAUCACCGACGGAAGGUCCUACGACGACAUCCGAAUCCCAGCAAUGGCCGCCCAUCAGAAGGGUGUGAUCACCUACGCCAUAGGUGUUGUCUGGGCUGCACAGGACGAGCUGGAAGUCAUCGCCACUUACCCCACCAGAGACCAUGCCUUCUUCGUGGACGAGUUUGACAACCUCUACAAAUUCGUCCCCACAAUCAUCCAGAACAUUUGUACAGAGUUUAACGCGCAGCCUCGGAACUGAAUUCAGAGCCUGCAAAGCACCAGCAAAUGCUGCUUUACUGACUGGCUCUUCAGGCAACUGCCAACACUUCAUGGUGCAGACACAGGGCAGUGAGGCGCAGAGGGCUUGGGAAAUGAACAUGCUGUUACCCUUCUUUGCUAUUGUUGUUUUUUGUACUUCAAAACUUGGAGUUAGAAAGAUGACUGUAUAAUGGUAGACAAAGCCAACAUCAUUUUGAGGAUGUUGGGGAUUUUACAUCUUGACAAUUGCUUUCAAAAUAACGUUCAGAAUCGAGUGCAGCACUUGUGGCAGGCUUAAAUGGAGCUUUUGUGAGAUUUUAAAUUCUUAUUUCUCAUUAGAAUGUCAUAACCUACAACAAGUUUCAUUUUGUCAUGAUAGGGUAGGCGUUGCUUAAUUAAAUGUUUAUGAGGAUUCCAGGCAAUCCUUCUGACUCAUUUGCAGUGUUCACAGGGUCCGUGGUGGGGCCUCCCCUGCCCCCCUGGUUCCCCAGGCCACCUGCUGCGCAUUCACCCCUGGCCUAGGCAGCAGCACAGCUUCUCCCGAUUUGCCUCCCUCUUCACUGUCAUUUGAAUCUCUGAGUACAUGCCACUGCUUCAGGAGCACUUGGGGAGCAGCCCUGCAGGACCAAGUCAGUCAUGCAUAAAAGUGGUCCCUUGCAGUGGCACAGGUGCUCUCAGCCUGGGCUGCACAUUAGAAUCACCCAGGAGCCUAAAAUGCUGAUUCCCAGGGCCCACCCCCAUCCCAGUGAAACCUGAAGCUCUGGGGCAUGGAGCCUGGGCACUGGCAUCUUUUUAACAGCUCUUCUGGUGGUUCUGAUAUGUAGCCCAGGAUUGAGAGCCACUGAGCUGCCCCAUAGGGUUCCUGGGAAAGUCCGUUUAUACCAGUUGUCCUGGGUCCCAUCCAGUUUAACAUUUGUCCUGGGUUUUUCAUUGAACUCGACAGUGUUAUUAAUAGUUGCUUUAAAAUAAGCAGGACAGGUUUGGUUGAACUCCACUGCUGACUUCCAACUUCUGCCAAACACUCAUCUAUUAGGGUGUAAACUGCAUGUGCAAUGGGGAAACAUUCAAAAGAAUCCUAAGGAGAGACAACUUACCUGACAAGUUAUGUUUUAUAAAAAUGUGUGUUGAAGAAUGUUACUCAGAAUGGGGGCCAAAGAUAGUACCUGCGUUAAUACUUGUGACAAAAAAAUUGCACAACACAUUAGAAUUGAGGAUAUUGUCCAUUUUGUAGAAUUUGCUGUGAACUAACCUAACCUCUCAGUACCUGAAGAAAGAGUAUAUUGUCAGUAAAAAUAUCAUGGUCUACAGCAAAGAAUCAAUGAAAGGUGUCAGCAAUUUCAAACUUACUAAGCAGAAAAUUUACUUUGAAGGUGACUGCAAACAGUUGUGUUCAAAAACUGCAAAAUAAGAAAAAACAUUUUAAAAAGGGAAUUCUUCAGAAAGAUAACAGUGGCACGCUAUUAGAGACAGCUGCAGUGAAGAAACUAAUUUAAGCAUUUAAGUACUAGGAACUUAUUCUGUCUGUUUUGAUUGUGCGGAUAAUUGAUAUAAAGGUUUUUUUUCAAUGUUGCUUUAAUGGACACCUAUAAGUCAUAUGU